CCGGUUUCAGGAUCAACCUCCAGUUGUAGAGGGGUGAUCUGGUCCUCCUGUCCUCCUCCUUUCUGUCCUCCUCCUUCCAGAGGAGGUUUCUAUUCCUCCUAGCUCGUACUCCCGCUUCGUCUUCGGAUCCUCUGAUGCCUCAACCGGCGUUCGUCUCAUAUCUGUGCCUCUGAUCUUCACUGUUUCCGAGACUUUGCUGUUCGUUGCAACAGAUAAACUCCUCCUCACCCCUUCUUCCUUUUUACAUUUGGAUCACCGGGUUCUAGCAGUCACUCAACCGAGCAACCAGCUAACCAACUAACAGACAACCCGACAAGCGACUAUGACAGACAAACCGGGCAUGCCAGCGGGCGGCGGAGAUGACGCAGGAAGCAUCAUGGCGUUGCUGGAGCGUGUGGCGGGCCUCAUGGACAGCGUCCAGACCACACAGCAGCGCAUGGAGGAACGUCAGCUGGAGCUGGAGAACACAGUGAAGACCAUCCAGGCCGACGUCGUCAAGCUGACCAGCGACCACGCCAACACCAGCUCCACUGUCGACCGGCUGCUGGAGAAGACGCGCAAGGUCAGCCGCCACAUCAAGGAUGUCAGGGUGCGUGUGGAGAACCAGAACAUCAGAGUGAAGAAGGUGGAGGCCACCCAGGGUGACCUCCUGGCCAAGAACAAGUUCCGGGUGGUUAUUUAUCAGGGUGACCAGGAGGUCAAAGCUGUUACACCAGGAAAUGAGCCAGCAGAACCCAGCGGCAGCGGCGGCGCCAGAGCCGCGGUGGAACCAGACAAGUUCGAGCUCCCCCCAGAGUCGGACGAGGAGUACAUGGUGGUGGAGGAGGCGGACUCCUCGGCGGCCGGCCGCAUGAAGAAGUCCGGCCUGACACGCAUCGAGAGCUUCAAAGCCACCUUCUCCAAGCAGAACAUGAGCAAGACCCGCGAGAACCUGGGCACCAAGGUCAACAAGUUCGGUGAGCGCAUCGUGACGGCCGAGAGGCGCGAGAAGAUCCGCCAGUCCGGCGAGAGGCUGAAGCAGUCCGGCGAGAGGCUGAAGGAGACCAUCACCAAGAGCGUCCCGGCCAAGCUCAACUUGAAGAAGGAGAGGACUGUGGCGGAGGGCCAGGAAGGAGCUGAGGGCGCCAAUGAGGGAGCCAUGCCCGUCCCUCCUCCAAAGGGCCGCAAGGGCAGCCCGGACGCCGCCAAGGCGUCUGCCGACGACGGCAAGGCGGAGGAGUCUAAGGUGCCGACGUACGACAUGAAGCAGCUAUCGUAAACCGUGAGACAGUGGCGAGAUCUGGGGCGUUUUCUUUGGACUACUGAGACCACGCAGAGGGAGACGAAGAAGUUUUCAGGGUUGCUGCUACCAAGCAGAUCUGCGAGCGCGAUGAUAACGAAGUCUAACAUUUGUUUGAAAGUUGUUGAAGGAAGUGAGCGAGGAACGGGCCGGUCACAGAUCCAGUCUGACUGAACGUCGAGACAACAACCAAACAAACUCCUGAAAUCACUGAGGUUAUUUCAUGUGCAGUUACGUGUGUUCUGGACAUUUAUUACCAAUCAGAAUAUAUAUAUAGUCCUUUUUUGUUUUGUGCUCAAUAAACACAGACUUUGGAAAAUAAAAGAAGUGUUCAGAGUUCCUCCACAAAACUUUCCCAUCAUCACAUUGCUGCUGCUCACUGGUUUCUGCAUGUUGAUGUUAUUGAAAUGUUGAAAUGACAAAGCUACAUCAGGGUUGUGGCACGUUUGGUUUGUAAAACGUUGGUAGAGAGCUCUGCGCUCGGGACAGGUGAAAAGAUUAAAGUCUAAAGGUUAAAAUCUGUGAUGUCACCGAGGAUCGACGUCAGUCACCCGGACAAAUGUGUGUUUGGACGCAGCAUCGCGAUGAGGCCGUUUGUUCCUGUAGAGGUGUUUGACAUCGGGAGCUGAAGGUCUCUGGAUAAACAAAUACAAUAUAUUAUAUUAUACUAUAUUAUGUUUCUUUACAACCCUUAUAUCAUGGAAGAACAGGCUUAAAACCCUUUAACUAAUAAUUGAUUAAAAGUGUUUGAUUUUCAAAUUGACAGUUGUAUAAAGUCUUAGUGAGUCAGUGUUACAUGAGGGGAGUGAGACAGUCUGCAGCUUUAGUAUUGAUUAGCAUUUAGCCAGUGAAAGGAGAUUAUAUUCCACACUGGGGAAAUGAAGUGCAGCAGAUAACUGCGUAUUUCAGGGAAAUCUUUCAAAUGUGGAUACAAAUGCACGAAUCCUUCAGUACACUGUAAGAAAUGAGGUGAAAGUAUAUUUCAGUAAAAAUAUUACUCACAAAAAAAAGCUUGCUAAUCAGCCUAGCGCUAGCGAGUUAGCCUAAAGUAAGUAAACAAGUAGACUGUCAACAGGAGGUUUAAGGAGCAAAAAACUUUUGUAUUUUGCACGUAGCGAGCGGCGCCUCACUGUGCAACAUUAACACUGCAGCUACGAGCAGCAGCGCCUGCCCCCCCCCCCCCCCCCCCCUGGUGGCCACGCUGUGAGAAAACCUUGUAACUACGACACUCCGACUAACAACCUUUUUACAGUGUUCUUGGUGUUUGUAGCUUCUGUUAGCGAGUGACUGCAUGGCUGUAGUUUGUCAGUGAUAUUAUAUUUAAGCUGUUUGUCAUGUCGAGAAAAUAAAAGUUGACUUGAAUCAUUUCUGUAA